AGUGACUUUCUGUUUCUUCACUUGAUCACCAGAGAAGUCAAGGUUCAACAGUUGUUUUUAUCAAAAAUUAGAUUAGAAAGUAAAUUUCGGAGUAAUAAGGAACAUUCAAUUCGCUUAAAAAAUGGUUCGUGUUUGGUACAUGUCAAACGAUAUUAUCGAUCAACGUCUGGAGAACCAUCUAGACCCACCAACAUUUCUGACGACUGACGAGCUGUUCAAUUCGACGGGAGUGGAAUUCUUCCUAUUGAAUGCCAAAACGUACGAAGCAGACGGAGUGCUGGCCAAAAUACGCAAAGACCGAGGAUACAAUUACGAAGAUCAAAUAGUUUGUUCAAAGGAAUGCCUUGCCGACUAUGACAAUAAGCUGAAAUCAUUUUUCACCGAACAUUUGCACACCGACGAGGAGAUACGAUUCGUUGUGGAUGGACGUGGAUAUUUUGAUGUUCGUGAUGGAAGUGAUCGAUGGAUUCGGAUUGAAGUGGUUGCCGGCGAUAUGAUCGUUAUUCCGAGUGGUAUUUACCAUCGCUUUACGCUCGAUAGUAGCAAUUACAUUGUGGCAAAACGAUACUUUGUCGGCGAACCCGUUUGGUUGCCUUACAAUCGCCCGUCGGACGAAAUGGAUGUUCGAAAGGACUACUUGAGAAAAUUGUCGGAGGGAUUCAAGUGAAGUUGAACUUGUUGUUCAUCGAGAAUGUAAAUAAGACGAAUGUUAAUUUGAUGCAGGGC